CGGCCUGGGGCUGGAGGGGCGGGGCUGCGAGUCCGGUGCGCGGCGGCCGCAGUGUCAGGAAUCAGGAUCGGGAUCGGAAUGAAUGAGGCGGCGGGGCUGCGUCAGCGGCGGCCGCUCCGCCCGCAGGUCAUCACCGAGGAUAGCCUGGUGCAGGAGGCCAAGGAAGGCACUACUUACAGCAGCAAGGUGUUCCGUGUUACCUUCCUGACUUUGGCUGUGGCUGUGGCUGUGCCACUGCUUGGAGUGACUGUUCUCCUGGAUUGUCCUUUAGACCCUCAGCCCAUAAGUUUGAAGGAACCUCCCCUCCUGAUGGGUGUUUUAGAGUCCAACACCAAGUUACGAAAAGCUGAACGGCUGUGGGAAAACCAGCUGGUUGGACCAGAGUCCAUUGUCAAUAUUGGGGAUGUUCUGUUUACUGGGACAGCUGAUGGGAAGAUUAUCAGAAUUGAAGAUGGGGAAAUACAAACAAUAGCCAGAAUUGGCCAUGGUCCUUGUGGAGGCCGUGAAGAUGAGCCAACGUGUGGAAGACCACUUGGCAUGCGAGUGGGGCCAAAUAACACCCUGUUUGUAGCAGAUGCCUAUUAUGGACUCUAUGAAGUUGAUCCUGAUACAGGUGAAACAAAGCCACUUGUGUCAACCAAAAUACUGAUAGAAGGCCAGAAGUUGUCAUUUGUAAAUGAUCUUACAGUGACCAGGGAUGGGAGGAAGAUCUACUUCACUGACUCUAGCAGUAAAUGGCAAAGACAAGACUACUUGUACCUGGUUAUGGAAGGCACAGAUGAUGGGCGCCUCCUUGAAUAUGACACAGUGACAAAAGAAGUUAGAGUCUUAAUGGUGGGGUUGCGGUUUCCCAAUGGUGUGCAGCUCUCUCCUGCAGAAGACUUUGUCCUGGUGCAGGAGACAACCAUGGCUAGAAUCAGAAGGUAUUAUGUGUCUGGGCUGAUGAAAGGUGGAGCAGAUAUGUUUGUUGAGAAUAUGCCUGGUCUUCCAGACAAUAUCAGGUUAAGCAGCUCUGGAGGAUAUUGGGUAGCUAUGGCAGCUGUGCGACCCAGUCCUGGAUUUUCUGUGUUGGACUUUUUAUCUGAAAAAACAUGGAUUAAAAGGAUGAUAUUUAAGUUGCUGAGUCAGGAAACCGUGAUGAAGUUUGUACCCAAAUAUAGCCUUGUUGUUGAACUCAGUGAGACAGGAUCCUACAAAAGAAGCUUCCAUGAUCCCAAUGGAGUGAAAGUAGCUUACAUCAGCGAGGCACACGAACACAAUGGACACCUUUACCUGGGAUCCUUCCGCUCUCCCUUUAUUGGCAGACUUGAUCUUCAGCAUGUUUAACUGCCUGCCCAUGAUGAAGUCCCACUGUCCUGUACUACUCCAGAGGUGCAAAGGAAGCAUGUGCUUGAGGCAGUGUGUGACCAAGGACAAAAAGUGACAGGCAGUCUGUUAAGGUGCAGGAGCACUGUGACCAUAGGAAGAGAUACAUCUUGCUGUACCUGUCCUCUGUGUUGGCUGACUGCUCAUGCUCUGGAGUCGGCCUGUAUUAUUGUUCAUAUCUGAGGACUAUGGUGGGACAUCUUCAUUCAGUUCUUUGUUCCUCCAAGGAAAUCCAUUGAUAUUCCUGUGCCCAGCCUUGUUUGGAAUCAUCUUGAACAGACACCAUCAUGUCACCUUUAAUGCAGUUGUUACACUGGAAGGAUUUGUGAUGGAUGGAAUUUAAUUGUGUGUGAUUUGGGUGGAAGAGGGUGGCUUGCAUGUGUUUAUUUCUGUUUAGUGCCUCCUGUCCAGGAGUGAUUACAGUGUAUGUUCUAAUGUUAGGCCAUGGUGCUGUGGUAGAAGCAGCAACAUCCAGGACAUGCCUAAAAAUUUAGUUGUGCCAUUGGGUUUCUUCAGUCCCAACAUGUGUAAGUAACAUCAGACAUUGCAAUUAACUGUUAAUCAACAUGCAGAAUCAAAUUGGAUCGUUACUUGUGGACUCUUAUGUUUCUUUAUAGCAUAGAGGUCAGAUGAUGACUGAAAGUUGCAUUUUCUCUGUUAUUAAGGACUAGUUCCAGUGGGUCUGAAAA